CACACACACACACACACAAGUGCAGUUUUAAAUAUCUGAAGUACUCGUAUUUUUUUUCGGAGCACUUUCGUAAAUGUAAAUCUCCUCGUCACUCUACUACGGUAAAUAUUAUGGUACAUUUAUUGCAACGAGGGGAUUAUAUUUCGAAAAAUAUACAAUCGUACUGUCCAAAUAAAGCAUUAUAUAGGUUUCAUGCGGAAGAGCGAAUGUAGAUUUUGCAAUUAAUGCAAUAUUAUUGCCAUAUUAUAAUACGUUGUGAUGUGAAAGAAGAUAAUCACACGUACGUACACGCACACGCGCUUUGUAUUUCAAUAUUAAUCUAGAUUAUUUCACCGAAUUACCGAAAUAAAGCACAAUUAUUGUUAAUUAAUUUUGAAUUAACUAAUAUUUAAAACUUAUUUCGUUAGAUUAUUUAUGAUUUAAGUUAAUUAAUUAUUUAUGUUUUAAGUUUGGAUACAUAAAGACUGCGUGAAAGAAGCAUACAUUUCGUCCUGACGAUAUUUGAUAUUCUGGAAGUAAAGGUCUGAAUGACCUACUUAGGAAAUACAGUUUCACAAACAUUGCGCGGCAUGAAUACCCAGGUCCGAUGCCAAGGCAAUAAAAUAUAUAAUGGAAAUCGCAUAAGUUGCUCUCGUGUGACGAGUUAAAAUGAUUGAUUAAAUGUGAUCUGAAUACAAAGUCAGUUAUUAUUUAUAACUCUGGAAUGCAACAAGCUCGCGCUUUUCAAUUGCAUAUUCUAUGCUUCCUCCAUUUCCUUUUUUUGUCUUUUAAAUAAUAAAAAAUCCCAGGAUGCAAAGAUUUUUAGCCAGAAAAUGAGGACAUAAACGUUGCGAAAAAAACGUUAAAUACAACACGGCGCGCUAACAAUUUGAGCGCCGCUAGCCGAAAAUCCGCAACUGCACGUACCUCGUGCGCAUCCCUCCGUGGCAGGACACGCGGAAUUAAAUCACAGCUUAAGCGUCGAAUGAACGAACAAAGCACGAGGCUUUAUGUGAGCGGAAUGGAGCACGGGGAGUGGACACGCGCGCGGGGAUCGGUCGGUGGACGCUCGUUUUUAUAUCGGGAAACGAUAUAUAAAACCGGAUGUCUCGAUUACAGCGUGGUGUUCUAGCAUUGGCACUCCUAUUACACCGUCGGAUACAUACAACGACGACGUGCCUCCCGAGAGAAGAGCAAUAUUCUGUUAAAUCGAUAACGAAUGAUGACAGAACCACGUGCCACGGCAUGCGACUCGCGCCAAGUCACCUCUUCCCUUGUCCUCCCUCUUUCGCCCCUCGGCAUCCUAUUUUAGUAUUCGACAUUCGCGUCGGCGGAUGUUUAAGGAGUUCGCCCCGCAUCGGGAUAUUGCUAUUGUCGUGAUCGUGCAGCCGCACUACUUCGUUCUUCUUUUCCCCGUCAGGCCGGGGCCACGGUACGUAAAUGGCGCAGGAAAUUCCUGAGACGGCGUACGAGCCGGAAGUCGAGGAGGACGCGAGGAGGAAGCGCGAGCGCCGGGUCGUUCAGGAGGGUACGGCGUUAUGGAGGCGACGGAAGGAGGAGCUGCAACGUCAAAAGCACCGCGAACAACGUGAAUUGCAGGAGAUCCUGGCCAGCUACUCGCCGUGGGGUAAACCAGGUGGCGGCGCGCCCUGUGCGGCCACCCUAAGGAAGAAGAACGUGCCCCUGGAGCCACUCCAGCCGCCUAGGUGUCACAGUUUCGGUCAGCUGGUGGAUCCUACGCCAUGGGGGCGUCCUGGUCCUGGCGGUGCUCCUUGGAGGGAUCCGAAGUUGCUGGGUGUGCGCUUCCUCGAAUCCAUGGGCUGGACGAGUAACUCGAUGAUCGACAGAUUGCACAAGAGGAACGCCAAUCCUCUCGCCGUCGCGGACAUGAAUAAAUUCUACGAUGACAAAGCGGUGCCAGGUAUCACUUCAGACGUGCAGCCACUGCAGGACCCGAGGAAUCCCUACAAGGAGGAGAUUCAGGUGUACGAACUGACGGGCGGUGUCGAAUUGGUGCCUUUGUUAACCAGCAGGCGCUAUCGGUCGCAUCCGCAGACCACGCGCUACGUUGUCACAGACGCCACUCGUCCGGGAUACAUGAUAGAAUCGUUUCCUGCGUUCAAUAUUGGCAAUCGGGAGUACAUUGCGGAUCUCGCCGAGCAGAUACGACGUAAACGGAACAGGGAUCUGGAGGAACGGCGAAUCGAACAGGAGAGUUGUCGCAGGCACUUCGAUACUUGGAGAAGGCUAUGGGGUAGACCGGGCCACGGUGCCCCCAUAGAUCACGCGCAACGGAACAAUCUCUACAACAUCCUCCAUCGUUCGGCUAUCUAUUGAAUUUUCCCGUGAAGUGUUUCGCCUCCGAGCAAAGCGUAGGGAACUCUGUCUCGGUAAUGCCCCCCAUUUUAUUAUACAAAACGAAGGGGAUGACCAUUAGAUUACCGGUGCCGCAACGUGAAGUUGGUAAUAUCAUUUCCACGAAAAUUAGUGGUUUCUUGGCUGGUAUAGAAAUAAUAAUUAUAAAUAAUAAUAUAAGUAAUAAUAUAUAAAUAAGAAGCGCUCUCUCUCUCUCUCCUGAUGUAAUCGUGACGUGCAUUAAAACGUUUAUUAAAUCGAAAAUAUUUUCCGCGUUAACGUUAUGCUACGCAAUUAUCAAAAUCAAAAGUCGUGCAUGAAAAGUGUGCCGAUAAAUUAUUAUGUGAGAGGAGAGAUGGAAGAGAAGUAGGACAGAAAUGUAUUAGCGUGCGCGUCCUUUGUUUCUUAUGAGCGCGACUUGACGUGAAAAAGCGAAGAGUAUAUCGAAUAACCUAUUAAAUUUCAUGAAAGCCUUGCAAGAGAGUGAAGGGCAGCUUGAUAAACCAGGACCAUGAGUGACGCCGCGAUUGACCAGACCUCAAAGGAGCAAUCUCGUGAGAAUCUAGUUGCUCCAUACGGGUCGAUAGGUUUUAAAUUUCAUGAACGCCAAGGAACGGUCAUUUAAAUAUAUGUAGGUAUAGGUGCAUGUAAAGUACGGCGCCGUGAAAAGAAAUGCUUCUCAUCAGUUAUCGUGUCAAUGGAAUCUAGAUGCAACGUUGCCUCGUUUCUCUUAGCUCUAUUUACGGAGAGCUCGCGUAUCAUUCAGACCUUUUAACGAAAGGAGUAGUAUAAAUGAAAAUGACAGGUUGACAAUUCCGAAUAAUGUAGCUAAGUAAACCAACAUGUCUUAAUUAAUUAUUUAUGCAGAAGCGCUUAUUUCUGCUGCGGAAUCGUCAGCGAAUAUGGGCGAUUCAUAGAUUAUAAAAUAACGUGCACUCGUGCAGUCUAAUCUCGUAAGAAUCAAUGAUAAAAUUGCACAUGUUCGAUCGCGUGUAAAGCCCGUUUUAGACUAUGCAUUAUAUUGCGCUAGAUUUGAUGCAAUUUCUUGAGCAAUUUUUUGCUGUAAGAAUUGCUUGCCGUUGAAUUGUAUUGUGUUUUAUACUGUGCAUUUUAUUUGACACAAGAUUUGCGUAAUAUGCACUUGUAUACGCAAUAUGUACAAACUGAAAACAUGGAGAAACGUAUCAGUAGGAAUAGCGUGCUUAUUAAUAGAAACAUAUAUGUAUAACAAAACGAAUAAUACAGAGGCGAUUAUCAUAACCUUGCACUAAUUAUAAAUAAAUAAGUAACAAAAGUUUGUUCUUUUUCGAGGUCCUUUCUGCACUAGUACAGUCAGCUAAAACGAACAGAUGUAUAUACUUCUUGUAUUAGUGCAGACAGUUCAUUCUAAAAAGAACAGAUCUCGAGACGUACAAACCAUGGCGCAUGCCAGCAGACAAACAAUUGUUCAGGAAUAAAGCACGUUUUCGAUAUCUUGCGCAAUUUACGAAACACAUGCAAUUUGUUUGCAAUUUGUGUAUGAUAUUCUGCAAUGUUUCUUUAAAAAUUGCGUCAAAUCCUGCGCAAUAUAUUGCAUCGUCUAAAUCGGGCUUAAGAGCGCGAUUAUCUGAACUUUUUCAUAGCAAAUUUAAUUUCCCAUUAGCAACAGGAUUAGCAAUCGUGGUUUCGGUUGAAUGCAACCUAUGCUUAUCAAGUUUAGACGCGAAUAGCAUGACCUGAUUCACCGUCGGAGCCGUUUAAACGUAGCUAAAAUCAUAAAUCAUCGCGAGCCGCGUGACACGUUCGCGCUCGCGCUCAGUUCUAUCAACCGAUUUACGUGAUACGUUAAUUGGACAUUAAGUGCUUGGUAACCGGGUACGAACCCGGAAGAGUAACGGCAACGCUUUUAAUGGAUGUGGGUUAUUUAAUUUGCGCGGCUGUUGGCGGUGCGGCUCGGCGCAGCAGCGCGGUUUGCACGCGGAAAGGCGCACCUUCAUCCUGUUUCCGUCUAGAGAGCACAGUCCCAGCCCUCCUCCAUCCUUCCACGUCUCUCCUUCUCUCUCCAACCCCCGGCAACCCCUUGGCGGCCCCUUUUACCACUCGGCUACCUCGCUCGUACGCGCGCGGAGGGAAGCGACCCACGAAAUCUUCUGCCCUUGUCGUGCGCUCUCUCAUGAGCACUCGUGAGCGUUCCGCCUCACCCUCUGACGCAUCCUCCGACCGCCCUCCACCCUCUCUAGCCGGUAUCCAUCCCCUUUUCGCCGGCUACCAGCGCUAACAACCAGCGCGCUUUUGCUAUUGUCCAACUAUUGUGCCGCCGUUACCGCGGUGUGUCGGUCCGUUUGUAUAAGGGUGAUUCAUUCUCUGGGAAAUAUCAGUUCCUGCGCCCCCCGCAUGAAUUUCGGCUCGCGCGAGUGCGCGUAAAACCGUGCGCGCGCUCGGGGUCGCGCCACCCUGUCCGUCUCGUGCUCAUCCUUACGCUUGCCUGCAUUGCCCCCGGUCUUGGCCGUUGUCGCGUUGUCGCCGGGCGCGAAUUAAGCCUUUCGCGGACCCAUCUCCUCCCAGGCAAACGCACAAAUGCAUAUUCCUCCUCCCGGAGACGCUAUUUCACUUGGCAAGCAGAGCUUUAUUUCGGAAGGAGGAGGACAGGACGGGGAGGCGACGUGUCCCCGGGAGGGUAGUUUCAUGAAUUAAAUUCGCGGUCGCUGGUACUUUGGUACUUUGUUAUUGUCUCCCACCGCGCGCACGCCCGUAAUUCUCCGACUCCUCGGAGACGGACGAGCGUUGAUCGCGUUUUCUACUCGGCAACAGCUCGCGGAGACGCACGCGUGAAGAACGCGCGUUUUCACGCGGAAUAAAGCGCGAACGAUCGGCGAGAUGAAACACCCGUUCGACGCGAGAAUUCUUCCCUUACGUUUAACGUGCAGAUAUAAAUAAGCUCGCGGGUGCCGCUCAUAAAUGCGCCCUUCCAAACCCAGGAAACCCAGUGUUCGCCUACUGCAACCCGGCGAUAAAAGCGGUCCGUCUCUCCCGCACUCCCUUUCCUUCCCCGAUUUUCUCUACCCUGCUCCUGUUUGUCUGCGUCUCGUUCGCCCACACCGACGCUCGCCGGCGGCGUGCAUUGUUACGAAAUUGGGUCAUCCGCUUACUGCAAUGAGAUACGCGGCUCGUCCCGGUGUCGCGCGCGCGCCAUGAAAAUUGGUCGCACAUCCGGUUCCUCUGUCUCUCUCUCCUUUCCCGUCGUCAAAAGAAGGUCGGCCGAGUUACGGGAAAAUAACGAGACUAGUAAUCCUGCGAACGUGCUGAAGAAAGUUUCCGCUUUAAAUGUGUCCUCCUCGCUGGAGGAUACCGGAACGACAAAUGACAAAUGGUCGGCGCUGUGAUUUAGAAACAUCAAGCAAAGCGUAUUCUUAACGUGCUCGCUCGAUGAACAGAGCAAGCGCUCGUAUUUUCAAGAGUAUUUUUGGAACUGUAGAUUGUCUGGAGUAAAAGUGGAAUUUGCAAUGACGCGAGUUCGAUCUCAUAUUCUCUUCUACAUUAAGGAAUACUUUGUGUAAUUGCCGUUCGCGCCGUGCCGCGUGUUACAAGCAUCGCAGAUCGGUCGCAGUUGCUGCUUUAUUGCAAUUAGUGAAAUACGCUAAAUUGCAAUCGAAUCGAAUAGCAGUCAUGAAUUAUUUAUUGCAAUCAGGACAUCACAGCCGCUGAACAGAAAGUAUCGUUCGCAGCCUAACAUGCAUUAAAAUAAUCGAUUAUUAUAUUUUAUAUGUAUGUAACAAAAAGUAACAACAUCAAAAUUAAUAUUAAUUAUAUUAGUUAUAUUAAUAUAAAAAUAUUAAUACAGAAGAUUUUUUUGGUCUUUGCUUGAUGUUGAGAUUUGCUGCAGUACCUAGAAUACGCAAUCAUUCAUGCUUGUGUCUACGUCGUUUUUGUACGCAGGUCUAAUUAGACUAAAUUACACUGGAUCGAGAAGCAACAAUAAAGGACAGGACGAAUGUUUCUUUCGUUAGCAGACUAUGUUUCACAAAAGCGAUUUGCGUGCGCGACAGCACAUCGAGCACAUUUGUACGAACGUUUUUCAAUGGAAAAAUGUCACACGGACGAAUGAUUAACGAGCCAACUCUAAUAAGCACUUUAGCUGUACUUAAUUAGAAAUCGCGUAAUUUAUUCGGCAAACGUGCGGAAUGUGAGUCGAGGCUGUCCCUUCGUCAUCGUGCACUCCUUUUGUACGAUUCGUACGUAUACGCGCACACACGCUCUGCACUUUAACGUGCUAAUUUCUGCUGGCAGCUCCUUUCGCGAACUCAAUUUUCACGAGCAGCUGCAUUACCUUCCAUUUAUUCCUCGCCUCGGAAAAAGUCAUGUUAUAUUUAAAAGAAAAAAAAUAACGAGAACAAUUUGAAUAUGCUUAUGAAGUGAUUCACGUUGCGUGAUUCAAACGAUGAUUUAAAAUCUCAUGAAGACGGGUGCAUGACUCGGUAAAUGUUUAAUUACUGUAAUUCAGUGCCAUCAUUCUCAACGAUACGAAGCGGCGAGUGAAAUAACGAAAGGCCAGUUUGCAUGCAGCGGUCCGGGAUAAAUCUGAUGCACUCCGACUGAUAGAUCUCGUCUUAAACGAGAUAAAUAGGAUCAUUUUUCACGAUUCCCACGAUCAUGGUAAAAGCCCGUGGACUAAGAUUAAUUCGAUGAAGCGGCGCGAGUGCGGAGCGUCAGGAUUCUCGCUGCGCUGCGCCGCGAUGAAUCCAUUGUGUACACUUUACUUAUGUCGGAGCCGCCUCACUUCGCCGCGAUUCAGUGAGUAAUUCCUGUAAAAGCUGCUGUAGUGACUUUACUCGAUAAAGUGGCCCCCAGCAGCAGCAGGCCCGCGCUAUUUCCCGUGCUCGGAUACGACAACCCGGGACGAACCGUGAAACGAAACGUGUUUUCGCGCAUAUCGCACGAAAGCAUCAGAUUUUAUUCAAUAAAACAAACUGGAAUGCCGCGGAUGUGCUUAUCUCGACGAGUUCAACGAGCUUUAUUUCAGCGUAAAUUUCCAUUAAGCGCGUUCCCCGCCGUGUAUAAAUAUUAUAUGUGUUUUGCCGUACGUGCAUACGUGUACGUAACAUUUCAACAAAGUAGCAACCGGCAAUAUAUCUCGUUCGUGACAAAUUUCUCAGAGAAAAUUGUUUCUGGCAAAAGCUUUAUGCGAAUGCUUGUCAUGUUUUAGUAAUCCUGUGAUAAUGACAAAUUCAUCAAAUUCGUCGCUUCAAUGCUGUACUCUUACUACUGCGCGCAGUGGAAUGGGUAUCGUGUGGUAAACAGACGGCGUUUAAUUAAUGAUAUAAUUAUCGUUUUAUUAAAUAUUUAUUGCUAGUUAUAAUAUAUAUUUUAUUAUAUUAUUUCUGCGUACAAGUAUAAAACAUAGAAGAGACUGGCCGCUUCAAUGAACAAAUUUGUUAUGAAACAAUACAUGUUGAUUAAUUUUCUCGCGUAUAUUACAGAUUUUUAUUACAAAUAAUUUUGCAUAUGAUAGGUAUGUUAUUAGAAAUAGUGUUGUGGAAUUAUAAAAAUUGUACGCGCGCCAGAUCACUGUACAAUAAUGCCACAAUAUAACAAGCGAGAUUUGAGAACAAAGUGACUCGCACACGUAAUUAAUGCACGUUAUGUUAACGUAUUCCCGAGGAUGUUUAUGUAUUGCGACGAACGAAAAUAAAUCGAUUUUCUCAUGCCAUCCAUUUCCUUGUCGAAGUCCUACGAGAUCACUUCGGCCGGCCCAGUAACUCUGCCAAAGUCGAUAAUUUAUCUCGCAACUUUGUCGCUGGUGACCCAUUUUUCGACGAGCUUGCAAAUCGGAAAGCGUGUUGCGGUUCGCAUUCUCGCAUGAUCGCGUACUUAUCUUGUAUACACGUAUUAAUUAUGUAAAACAUCGAUAUCACGUUAUUUUUUAAAUCUGUAAAUGUUCCAAUUGGAAUACGAUAUUGCGUUGUACGUUUACAACAUCGUUGAAGCUUUGUUCGCUCGUUUGAACUUUCUUGCUUCACAAAAGAUUUCUUGAAGCGCAAAAGAUCUCCAUAAUUAGAACACGCUAGGAAUUUUUGCUGAGAGAAGAGCUCUGAAUUUUUCUUAAUUAAUGCACGCUUCGAGAUUUAACGAAAGAAAAUGCAGAGAUGGGAUUACGUAUGUAAAUGUGCACAUUCGCAACACAUUCGCGUUAAUAAAACGGAUAUUACAAUGCCAGCGCACUUUGCGAGUGUAUCGAUAUUGACGCGUGCAACGCGCGUCAUGACAACGUAUUACGUUAUAAUUAUGAGGUACGAGAGUUUGAUAUUGAUAUUAUAUUAAAUAUACGAUAAUAUUGAUAUUGAACUCUGCGCGUGUAUUGCGUAUUUAUUGUGAAACAAACGUCGCUGUUAAUGCAAAUUCUUGCUACAAUAUUAUAAUAAUUACCAAUAGCGAAGGCGCACGCGGUAACUUUUCCUAUCUAUAUUCAGAUUUAUAUUUUUACACAGUUAUAUUGUAUGUAUCUAUAUUUUAAACAUACUUCCUUCGCAAGAUUCAUGUUGCGGGCGUCGUCGCAAGUUCUCUCUUCCCUUUUCAGAGAAUAAAGACGUGAGAAGAGUCACGUAGCGUCUUGAUGCAGACGAUUCUCGCGGAUUAUAAAGUUUAUGACACCGCGAUCAUGCGAUAUAAUAUUAAAAUGCAGGGUUGUAAACUGAAUCGAACCGUAAAUUAAACCGUAACCGUAUUUUUAAUAAAAUGUAUAAGCAUUUGGGUUCCUGAAAAAGUAAAUAGCAGACAAUAAAUCUCGAUUUGACUCUUAGGUUGAAGCAGACACGAGCGUCGCAGGUCAUGCGCGAACGAUUGGUCCAAAAGGGAACAUGGGGUAAGACUGGAGCACGCCAGCCGAUAACGUAAUGCCUUGAUAGAAGCGUUCUCGCUGGCGCGAGAAAUAAUAUUUGUUCAUCGUUUCAUCGCGAUGUACGUGACGCGAAGGAAGCAAAUAUAUAUAUAUAUACACAUACAUACACAUAUGUACAUAUACGUCUUGAGGAGAGUGGGACCGUUUCUCGUCACUGCGACCAGCGAAAUCUGAAUUUCAUCGUCGAAAAGUGAAGCGUACGUCAAAUGGUGAGGAUUUGUUUAUUUAACAUUACAUUUGGCAAAUCUGAGAAGAGCGUAAACUUUUCAAGUCAUAUUAUACGUGCAAGGUUUGAUAGAAUGUAGCAAAAAAUGCCAAUGCCUGACGAGACGUUGAAACUACACUAACAAAAAUUUUACUCUGAAAAUCGGUGGUCAUUUUUAACCUUUGAUAUAUGCUGUAAAAGAGUUACAGAAUGAUUUGUAAUUUUAUUUCAAAACGUUCAAAUUAUCAUUCCAAUGGAAUCAAGUUUCCGUUAAAUAGUUUUUCAGUUUACUGUCUGAUGUUAAAAGUACAUGAUUUAUUAUGGACUUAACUUGUGAAUUACUGUAACAUCUUCUGUUUUUGUUUAGUGACACCUGAUCUUCUAAUGUGGAUUCUAUACGGCCAAAACUACAAUGCAAGCACCGCAUGCGCAUGUUAGGAUGAUGAAAUUCUUUAUACAAGCAUACUCCAUAUUUUACUGAAAUACUAUCAUAUCACGAUACUGAGAGUAAAAUCCAACGCUAGACUGUAAAUUUACUGUAUAGGAGUGAAAUUUAAGCACAUAUAUGUAAUGUUAUGGGUGAAUUUUUCAAUACCGGAAACUAAUUUACAACUAAUGUGUAAAAAUACCAGAUUCACUUCAUUUUUCAUAAAAUUCCUGUAUUUUCAAUUAAACCAA